UAAUCCAAAUUACAACAUUAUUUUAACAAAAAAAAAUUCAGAAGCUUAUAAAUCCCUUCAAUAGAAAUCUCGUUAUCACUAUCGACAACAUUCAUCAUGGCCCAGAACAAAUUAGUAGAGUUUUGGCAGAGACACCAAAAAACAUAACGAGGCUGGCCAGCGCAGACAAACUAGACAGUGCAGGGGUGGAUUUUGUGAAUAUGUACGAGGGAAGUGAUGUAUCAUUGGUGAUUAAAUUCGAGCGUGGAAUCUUGUUUUUGCCUUGUUUCACAGCAGAUGACUACACCGAGAGGGUUAUGAGAAAUUUAAUGGCACUUGAGCAAUGUCAUUACCCUCUCACUGCUUAUGUUUGUAACUACAUCGCCUUUUUGGAUUUCCUCAUCGACAGCGAGCAAGAUGUUGACUUGCUUGUCAAGAAAGGAAUUGUAAAGAACUCGUUUGGACAUAAAGAAUCGGUGGCAGAAAUGGUGAACAAGCUGUGUUUAGGGAUCGUGGAUUUUGGAUCUCACUACUACUUUUUAGCCGAAGCCCUCAACAAACACUACGACAAUCGUUUCAUCAGAUCUAUUGUUGCCACUUCGGUCGCCACUCUUCGGCGAAAUUAUUUCAGUGACUUUUGGACCGGAACUGCCACCGUCGCAUCCGUUGUUAUUGUCGUAUUGACUUUGAUUGGGACGGUGGCUUCCGUUCUCCAAGUGACGCAGAACGACAAUAAGUCUUUGCCGUCUCCGGCUCCGCCCCGAGGACUGUAAAUAAUAUAGUGUUCUUGUUAUACACGAAACUGUACUGUAUUUGUUUUUCUUUUUCUCCAACACAAUAAUGUCUUAAUAUAUAGUUUGUAUUUCUCUUAA